CUCCGGACGCCAACAUGGCGGCAGUGGUAUUGAGAAAUUGACUGAAAUUUUAACCUUUCUGACUGGGGCGUGCCUGUUCCUAUGAACGGUAUUUGGCUUUCUUUUUAAGAGAAAAAAAACACCCGAAAAUUCCGUCAGCGCUCCUGUACUGUCAGGGGAAGGGAAGGGGAGGUGAUGGCGAGCGACAGUAGGAGGCAGUUCUGGAAGCGGAACACCAAGGUUCCCGGAAGUAUACAACAAGUUUAUGGAGCACAACAUCCGCCGUUUGAUCCCCGUCUGCACAAAAAUUUACUUAAAGAAGGUUCCAAGAUGUAUGCACAGUCAAAAUCAAAAAGAGCCUCCAGUUUCCAUGAGUUUGCGAAAAGCACCAGUGAUGCUUGGGACAUUGGGGAUGACGAAGAGGAAGAAUUCAUGUCUUUUGCUUCCCAAAGCCUUAAUUCAAAAGUUGCAAUGGCAACAGCUGCUCAGGUCAUUCAGAACCACAAUAAAUUGAAGGAACCUCCUGGAGAGAAAAUGCAGCAAUCUGAAUCGUUCGAUGAGAUUAAAAGAAACGGCAAGGUGGUAAAAUCGAACAGUGAAGUACAACUGUCAGUGUCUUCGGGUGGCUCUUUAGGCAGAGUAACACUCCAAAAACAGCAGUCACUCCCUUCACGGCCUGUUAUUCCAUUAGUGGCACGAAUUUCAGAUCAGAAUGCAUCUGGGGUCCCGCCAAUGACAAUAAGAGAAAAGUCCCGUCAUGAAAAGUUCAAACAGCUUUUAAGCAGUGCAAACACAGAUUUAGAAGAAUUAAGAAAAUAUAGUUGGUCAGGAGUUCCAAGAGAAGUUCGUUCUGUCACAUGGAGACUCUUGUCGGGUUAUCUACCAGCAAAUAUGGAGAGAAGGGAAAUCACUUUACAGCGAAAGCGAGAAGAGUAUUUUGGGUUUAUUGAACAAUAUUAUGACUCUAGAAAUGAAGAACAUCACCAGGAUACCUAUCGACAGAUUCACAUUGACAUUCCCAGAACUAAUCCCUUGAUUCCCCUGUUUCAACAACCUUCUGUUCAAGAGAUCUUUGAGCGGAUUCUCUUCAUAUGGGCCAUUCGACAUCCAGCAAGUGGUUAUGUUCAAGGAAUUAAUGAUCUGGUGACUCCUUUCUUUGUAGUGUUCCUUUCAGAGCAUGUGGAAGAAGAUGUGGAAAAUUUUGAUGUAACAAACCUGUCGGAGACAGUACAGCGGAAUAUAGAAGCUGAUAGUUUCUGGUGUAUGAGCAAACUAUUGGAUGGCAUACAGGACAAUUACACUUUUGCACAACCAGGGAUACAGAAGAAAGUCAAAGCACUUGAAGAACUCAUCAGCCGAAUUGAUGAGCAAGUGCACAUUCACUUCAGAAAAUAUGAAGUAGAGUACCUGCAGUUUGCAUUCCGCUGGAUGAAUAACUUGCUGAUGAGGGAGCUGCCUCUCAGAUGCACCAUUCGACUCUGGGAUACAUACCAGUCAGAGCCAGAUGGAUUUUCUCACUUUCACUUGUAUGUCUGUGCUGCUUUCCUCAUUAAAUGGAGAAAGGAAAUUUUGGAAGAAGAUGACUUUCAAGGUCUACUGAUGUUGUUGCAGAACUUACCUACAAUCCACUGGGGUAAUGAAGAAGUUGGCCUUCUCCUAGCAGAAGCGUACAGGCUUAAGUACAUGUUUGCAGAUGCACCUAAUCACUACAGACGAUAAGUGGUUAGAAGAAAUGUUCAGAGCUGAAUUUAAACUCAUUUCAGUCUUUAAAGGCAGGCGGCCAUCAGCUGUACUGACUGAGACAACAAAUGGUCCAACUACUUUGGAAGUAGUUUCUAAUUACUUGAAGCUUUUCUUAAGCUAUUAUUGUAAUAUACUAAAUUGAAAGUAGACUGAGAGCUCCCUCAGUUUGCUCUUCACGGAGCCUUGCUAAAUCUUUGAUACUAGGGUAUACAUAAUUCUUAGAAAAAGGAUUUAAAAGGAAUUAUAUCGUGUUUCUGUAUCAUAGUUACAAUGUAUUUGUCCUUAAUUUGAACUACUGUGAGCUUAUACUUAGGACGUCGCGUAAGUGUUUGGAAUUAGUGUGCAUAAGAGAGACUGGUUAAAUUUUCCUCAUUUUUCAACACACCUGACAUCCAACUUCUUGGAUUAGAUGACACAUUCACAAUAUUUUUAAUUGUGCCUCUUUUUUAAAAAGAAAUCCUCAAAUUUUAUUUUGGAGUUGCUGUGUAUUAUUUGAUGUAAACUUUAGCUGUUUUGGUGAGGUAUGUUCAUUUAAAAGUCUUUUAAUUUCUACAAAGUAUUUUUUUUUAUAAGCAAUAAAAUGAUUCAUUUUUUAAAUGUAGAAUUUGAGAAAUUUGGAAGAGUCUAACUAUCUUUAUAACUUUUUUAAAAGAUCUGUGUUAUGACCACUAAUACUAUGUUAAAAGGCCAAUUACCAUUGCCAAUAAUAUAGAUUCCAAACUAAAGCCAUUCAAGAUUAAAAUAUGUUUCUCAGGUGCAGGUAUUUCUUUUUGGUUUGUGUGCCUUUCGAUUAAUUCUUUAUGUAAAGUUGAGAAAACAUUGUGAAACUUAUGUUUGAAAUUGUUUUAGCAAGAGUUGAUGGCAUUUCUUCUAGCUCUUAAGAUGUCUGUUCUGAUUACUCAAAAGAUACCUUGUUAUGAGUUCUAGUGUUUAAAAAGAAAUGAUUCAUAUAAUUAAAAUAUGGGAAUAGAUAUAUUUUUAAAUAUGUAUGAGACCUGAGAAGCAGAUUUUUCCAUUGAUGGCCAACGGUUAAAUGGUUAGAGUUACAUCUGGU